UCCUCCAAAGCUUGCCGGUGUUUAAAGAAGGGUAUCGUUGGGUUGUUUAAUUAGAAAUAAACGGGGAUAUGCUAUCACAUUCUCAAGACGCAGCAUCAUCUCUUCUAUCAGACCAAGGUUCUUAAAAGUAUCAAAAAAAAGUUAUUUGUGAAUCUCAAAAUUUUAGGUUCUCUUUAAUAACUCAAAUGAAAAUCUUAAUUAAAUAAUCAGAAUGGAGAUACUCUAAGACGACCGGAAUCUUAUAUAUUUUAAAACUGUUGAUUCUGUAUAUGUAUAUAAAAUGCACUACAUCACGCAUGAUGCAAUUUUGAUCACAUAAUAAUAAUAAUUGAGUACUAUUACUGCGUACUCCUAUAUAAUAAUGAGCGUUGAAAACCCAAAUUAAAGUUUGCAUUAUUAAGAGAAAUUCACCAAGAACACAUAGAUGAGAAGAGUAAAAUAAUACUAGUAGAUAUUUGGUCAAAAAAUAAUAAUAAUAAUAAGAGUAGAUAUCAGUUAUCAUGGUGCAUGUGCCGAGUUACUGCUGCUUCCCGUAACAAUCUUCGUGCCAAGUACACAUUUUUAAUUCAAAAAGUGAUUAAACCUACAGAAGGAACGCCAGAUGAGUUAAAUGGUGGAUGCAAAUCACUUAAUCUCACUCAUCUCCUCCUCGCUUCUCUUGGUGGUCUUGUCGCUGCUGCUGCUUUUGCCAGAGAAUCAUUCCUUCGCCGCAGGAAAGCUCAUCAAGGUGAUUCCAUGGGGAACAAAGAUCAGAAGAUAGCCCCUUUGAUUGAGAGGAAAGAUUCAGGUCGACGAUCAAACCUCGAGAGAUUCCCCCACUAUGUUGCAAGACAGCUUGGAUUUGAGGAUCCAAAUGAAUGCCCACAACUAUGCAAACUGGCAAAUGCAUAUUUGGUGAAAACAAAGGGAUAUGAUGAGAAUGUGUAUGAAUAUUUGGUGAAUGAAGCUGAGCCUGACUCUCUCUAUGUUCAUCUCCUUGAAGAAUUCGAAAGAUGCAUUCUCACGUAUUUUGCUUUCAAUUGGACUCAAUCUUCCAACCUCAUCUCUCAGGUUUUAAGCGACGAAUCGGAUCAGAAAGCACCAAAACUCAAGGACUUUGUGAUGGCAGCGACAAGAAAACAAAGGUUCGAGAGAGUAACAAAAGACCUGAAGGUGACAAGGGUUUUCUCGACAUUAGUCGAAGAGAUGAAAGUCAUCAACGUCGGCAGCAGCGGUGAGUCGCACUGUACUGAAGUAAUGUCUCCGGUGGCUCAUAACAAACGCAGUCCGGUCCUCCUCCUUAUGGGCGGCGGAAUGGGCGCCGGAAAGAGCACCGUCCUCAAAGAUAUCCUCCACGAGCCCUUUUGGUCUGAGGCAGGGGACGACGCAGUGUUGAUAGAAGCAGAUGCGUUUAAGGAGACGGAUGUUAUAUAUAGAGCUCUUAGUUCUAGAGGUCACCACGACGAUAUGCUUCAAACUGCUGAAUUGGUUCACCAAUCAUCUACCGAUGCUGCAUCAUCAUUACUAGUAACAGCAUUAAACGAAGGGCGUGAUGUGAUAAUGGAUGGAACCUUAUCAUGGGAGCCAUUCGUGGAACAAAUGAUCACAAUGGCUAGGAACGUCCACAAACAUAGAUAUAGAAUGGGCGCAGGUUACAAGGUGAACGAAGACGGUACAACGACCGAAGAAUAUUGGAGGAAAGAAGAAACAGAACCACAUGGGAAACAACAAGACUUGAAACCAUAUAGGAUCGAGCUGGUCGGUGUGGUUUGUGAUGCUUAUCUGGCAGUAGCACGAGGCAUACGGAGAGCUCUAAUGGUGAAGAGAGCAGUGAGGGUGAAAUCUCAGCUAAAAUCACACAAGAGUUUUGCUAAUGCGUUCCCAAAGUACUGUGAGCUUGUCGAUAACGCUAGGCUUUACUGCACCAAUGCUGUUGGUGGCCCUCCAAGGCUUAUAGCGUGGAAAGCUGGAAAUAGUAGGCUUUUGGUGGAUCCAGAAGACAUCGAGUGUUUAAAACGGGUCAGCAAUCUUAAUCCAGAUGCAGAAUCCAUUUACGAGCUUUACUCGGAUACAAACCUGUUAAGCCAGCCAGGUUCAGUUUGGACGGAAAUUGUUAUAGUCCCAUCAAGGCCUGAGGUCCAGAGAAAACAUAAUGAUACCAUCAAGAAAAUCGAAAAGACCCAAGCAAAAUGUGUUAUUGUUAACUAGUUGUCUUUUACUGUGUCUUUUUUUAAUUUUUAUUUGUUUUGAACUUCUGUUUUGAUUUGUUUUCCUCCGAUUUUUCUAGUAUUGUUGUACUAGUUUAAAUAAGAAUAAAAUUAUUAAAAUGUUUUUUUUUCACU